AUGACUUCAUUCAACAAUGAUGAAUUUAGAUGUCCUCUAAAGGAUGGAUUUAAAAUAUUAAAAAAAGACAUUGGUUCAUUACCACUUAAUCGAGCCAUACGUGAUUUAGUAGAAUCAUAUGAUCACAGACAUGCAUCGAAAGAUGAUGUGGCAAAAGAAUUAGAAACACAGAUAAACACUUACUUACAAGCUAUUCAAUCAGCUUUAGAAUACAGACAUAAUCAAGCAGACAUAUUAAUAAAUGUAAUUGAUAGUGAUUGCAAAUAUAGUAGAUUAAAGAUUGCGGAAGCUAUGACUUUAUUACGUGAAAUUAUUGAUAGGCAUGAGAAGACAGUAUUACAACAGAUUUCGACUAUUGAACAAGAACAAAAGAAACAACUUGAAGAUUAUAAAAAUCCAUUAAAAAAUGAAUUACACAAUUUGAACAUACAAAAAGCAACUUUUGAAAUGCUCAUCACAAGCAACAAUUCUACAAAACUACUACAAAUGAAUAAGAAAUUUGAUGAUUAUAUGAAUAAAACAAAUGCAACACUAAUAUCAUUUCGAAUACCAACUAGAACUGAGUAUCAUUUAGAAGGACUUGAUCAAUUUCAAAUUUUAAAGCAGAAAAUUGAACAAUAUGGACGAUAUGUUGAAAUUCCACCUUAUCACAACUCAGAACUUGAGCAAUUUAUUGCUGAAAAUCGAACAAAGCAAAAAUUCGAUUUAACUGGUCGAAAUUUAACCGAUUUAGAUAUGAAAAUUGUGGCGGAUGUCUUAAAAGAAAGCAUGACACUUACUGAACUCUACCUCGCACACAACCAAAUCGAAGAACAGGGAGCCCAACAUAUUGCUGAUGCCCUCAAAAGGAACCGAACGCUCACGAUACUCGGCCUCACAGAAAACCGUAUCGGUCAUCAAGGAGCCCAAUAUAUUGCUAAUGCUCUCAGAACGAACCAAACACUUACCACACUCUAUCUCAAAGGAAAUCAAAUCGGAGAACAAGGAGCCCAACAUAUUGCUUAUGCUCUCAGAACGAACCAAACACUUACCACACUUGGCCUCCAACAAAACCAAAUUGAAGAACAAGGAGCCCAACAUAUUGCUUAUGCUCUCGAAAUCAACCGAACACUUACCACACUCGAUCUCAGAGAAAAUUCGAUUGAAGAAGAAGAAAUUCAAUGGAUGCAACAAUCUUUGAAGUCAAAUAAAAACUUAACCGUGUAUUGGUGA